AUGAGUGAUCCAGAACCCUGCAGAAUGAAACACACUGAAGAUACUGAAGAACAAAGAGAGCUGAUGGAAGUGAAGGAGGAGAGUGAAGAACUGAGUGAAGUGGAGGAGAAACAUCAUGACAAACCUGGAGAAAAACCUUUGAGUCGCUCAAAGACUGAAAAUAAAUUUUUAAAGAAAAGAAGUGCAGAGAAAUCUACAACCUGCACUCAGUGUGGAAAGAGUUUCACAACUAAAUAUAGUGUUGAUCGUCACAUGAGAGUUCAUACUGGAGAGAAGCCGUUCACAUGUGAUCAAUGUGGAAAGAGCUUCGCAAACAAACGUAAUCUUGAUCGUCACAUGAGAGUUCAUACAGGAGAGAAGCCGUUCACAUGUGACCAGUGUGAGAAGAGUUUCACACAAAAAAUACAUCUUAAGAGACACAUGUUGAUCCACACUGGAGAGAAGCCAUUCAAUUGUGUUCAAUGUGGAAAGAGUUUCACAAACAAACAUCAUCUUGAGAUUCACAUGAGAGUUCAUACUGGAGAAAAGCUGUUCACAUGUGAUCAGUGUGAGAAGAGAUUCUCAAGAAAACAAAGUCUUGUUCGUCACAUGAUAGUUCACACCGGAGAGAAGCCGUUCACAUGUGAUCAGUGCGGCAAAACAUUUAUUGGGUCAUCAGACCUGAAGAGACACCUGAGAGUUCAUACAAAGGAGAAGCCACAUUCAUGUUCUGUGUGUGGAAAGAGUUUUUCACUGCUGCAAUAUUUACAUGCACAUCAGAAAGUUCACAAUGCUGUAAAGGAUCUUGUGUGCUUUAAGUGUGAGAAGAUGUUUACUACAGCAAACUGUUUAAAACAGCACCAGAGAAUUCACACUGGAGAAAAACCUUACAAGUGUUCACACUGUGACAAGAGAUUCAAUCAGUCAUCAAAUCUGAAAACACAUGAGAUGAUCCACACUGGAGAAAAACCUUACAAGUGUUCACACUGUGACAAGAGAUUCUAUACGUCAUCAUAUCUGAAAACACAUGAGAGGAUUCAUACUGGAGAGAAGCCGCACACGUGUGAUCAAUGUGGAAAGAGUGAUGAUUCGUUACAGAAGACUUCGCCAGCACAAGAUCCAGCUGCUUUCACUCACCUGUGUGCUUCUACAUCUGCCCAAGCCAAUCAACUCGCUGCCCAUCAGCAUCAGCUUAACCGCCUGACUAAUCUCAUGGAGGAACUGGUGAGAGCCCUGCAAGGCGUCCAGCCCGCAAUGACAGCGGUGUCUCCACCACCUGUUGCGGCCGCCAUUACCCACGCUGCAGGCAUGCCGUCACCACCGAAUCCACGCCUCUCGUUCCCUGAAAAGUUUGAUGGCGAUCCUACCAGAUGUAAGGGUUUCAUUCUGCAAUGUUCGCUCUUCAUUAAUCAACAACCCGCCAUGUAUUCAACUGAUACUGGUAAGAUCGCUCUAAUCUGUUCCUUAUUUACGGGGAGGGCUUUGGAUUGGAUAACGGCUGUGUGGAAUGAUGAUGGCUCUGCUUUUCCCAGCUAUGAAUAUUUCCUUCAGAGAUUUAAAGAAGUGUUUGAUCACCCCAGUGACGGGAGGGGAGCUGGUGACCAGCUGAUGGAAUUAACACAGGGACGUCAAACUGCAGCUGAAUACGCUCUCGCCUUCUGCACACUUGCGGCUCAAACUAAAUGGGUGAGUGAUACACUAAAGACAUGCUUCAGAAGAGGUUUAACUCAUGAGUUACAAACAGAUCUGGCCUGUCGCGAUAAUGGCAAGAGUCUGGAUCAGUUUAUUGAGCUCGCUAUACAGGUUGACAACCUCAUCCGCUCACGCAGGGCCGGACAAAGAUGCAACAUUCUGGAGGCGAUAGACGGACGACCUCUGGGCACGGGACAAGUUAAAGCCAUAACUCAAUCCAUCACCAUGCAAACAGGCAUAUUUCACACAGAAAAAUUCAAUUCCAUGUUCUCCCUACCUCUACGUCAUCCAUCAUCCUGGGGCUGCCAUGGCUACGCAAUCACAAUCCUCACAUCUGCUGGAACCACACCUCCCAAGGGUUGCAUCUUUUCUCUAUCUCAACCGGAGUCGGAGUCAAUAAAGAAGGACAUAGAGGAGGAACUGGCCAAAGGCUGCAUCCACCCCUCAACAUCUCCGGCUUCUGCUGGCUUCUUCUUCGUGGGGAAAAAGGAUGGAGGACUACGUCCCUGCAUAGAUUAUCGUGGAUUCAAUGAAAUCACUAUCAAGUUUUGGUACCCGCUUCCUCUGGUUCCUGCGGCUUUGGAGCAACUUCGCACUGCCCGCUACUUCACCAAGCUCGACCUGCGCAGUGCUUACAACUUGAUCCGUAUCAAGGAAGGAGACGAGUGGAAGACUGCCUUCUCUACAGCAACUGGGCACUAUGAAUACCUUGUCAUGCCCUUCGGCCUGGUCAAUAGUCCGUCCGUUUUCCAGGCAUUCAUAAAUGACAUGUUCAGAGACAUGCUCAACCGAUUUGUCAUCGUAUACAUUGACGAUAUCUUGAUAUAUUCUGAAACCAUGGAGGAGCACGUGCAACAGGUCAGACAAGUCUUGCAGCGUCUAAUCCAGUUCCAACUUUACGCCAAGGCAGAGAAAUGUGAGUUUCACAAGAUGGUAACAGCCUUCCUUGGGUACGUCAUCAGCCGGGACGGUGUGGCUAUGGAUGAGAAAAAGGUGUUAACAAUCCUUAACUGGCCACAACCCAAUACCAUUAAAGAACUACAACGUUUUCUGGGGUUUGCCAAUUUCUAUCGGCGAUUCAUCCGCGAUUUCAGCACCAUAGCCUGCCCGCUCACCUCCAUGGUAAAGAAGGGUCAAUCCCAUCUUCAGUGGUCUCCUGCAGCCAGAAACGCCUUCCAACAUCUGAAGGAAUUUGUAGUGGAAGUCGACGCUUCUAACACUGGAUUGGGAGCGCUUCUGGAGAGUCUCCAGCCGAAGAUCCAGAUUCAUCAGGUUCCUGAGAGAAAAUAUCAGGGAAAGAAAUUCUCAACCAAACAAAGUCUUGAUGUUCACAUGAGAGUUCAUACUGGAGAGAAGCCGUUCACAUGUGGUCAAUGUGGGAAGAGUUUCACACACAAACAUCAUCUUGAGAUUCACAUAAGAAUCCACACUGGGGAGAAGCCAUUCACAUGUGAUCAGUGUGAGAAGAGAUUCUCAAACAAACAAAGUCUUGAUCGUCACAUCAGAGUUCACACUGGAGAGAAGCUAUUCACAUGUGAUCAGUGCGGCAAAACAUUUAUUCGGUCAUCAGACCUGAAGAAACACCUGAAAGUUCAUACGAAGGAGAAGCCACAUUCAUGUUCUGUGUGUGGAAAGAGUUUUUCACUGCUGAAAUAUUUACAUGCACAUCAGAAAACACACACUGGUGUGAGAGAGUUCAUGUGCUUUGAGUGUGAGAAGACUUUUACUACAGCAAACUAUUUAAACGUGCACCAGAGGAUCCACACUGGAGAAAAACCUUACAUGUGUUCACACUGUGACAAGAGAUUCAAUCAGUCAUCAUCUCUGAAAACACAUGAGAUGAUCCACACUGGAGAAAAAACUUACAAGUGUUCACACUGUGACAACAGAUUCAAUCAGUCAUCAAAUCUGAAAAGACACAAGAUGAUCCACACUGGAGAAAAAACUUACAAGUGUUCACACUGUGACAUGAGAUUCAGUCAGUCAUCAUCUCUGAAAACACAUGAGAUGAUCCACACUGGAGAAAAACCUUACAAGUGUUCACACUGUGACAUGAGAUUCAGUCAGUCAUCAAAUCUGAAAAGACACGAGAGGAUCCACAGCAGAGAGAAGCCGCACACGUGUGAUCAAUGUGGAAAGAGUUUCUCUAUUAAAAGUCACCUGAAGAUACACAUGAAGAUCCAUGCAAAAAGAAAAAAACAGAAGCCAAAAAAAAAAAAAGAAAAAAAUCUGCCUCUAUCAAGACUGAAGAUUCACAUGAGAGUUCACACUGGGAAGAAGCAGAUCAGUGAAAUCACAUCUGCCUUCUCGUUCUGAAGAAACACCAUUUAACUGUGAUCAGUGCGGUGAACAUUGAGCAUCAGUCCUGAAGAAACACCUGAAGAUUCACACAAAGGAGAAGAUUCAUUCGUAAUAUUACAGCAGAA